AUGGCCAGACAACAAGCGAGCUAUGCUAGGCGUGAAGCCACAGAAGAAGAAGUGAAGGAGUUGCGGCACGUUGUCGAUUCUGUGCCAUUCAUUGUCUGGGUUGCGCUUGUGGCCAAUGCCACAGAGAGAUUCACAUUCUAUGCCGUAACCACACCAUGGCAGAAUUAUAUACAAAACAGCGCAGACAACAUUGCUGUCCCUGGCGCCUUAGGCCUUGGCCAGGCCACGGCUACGAACAUCUCUAGUGCUUUUCUCUUCUUGUCCUUUCUGGUCCCUACUAUUUUCGCUAUUCUCUCGGACACAUGGCUGGGGCGGUAUAAGACGCUGUUUCUCAGUUACCUCCUGAACUUUUGCGGAUGUCUGGUACUCUUUAUUACCUCGCUGCCAGUGGUCAAGACUCAAUCCACCAAAGUGGUAGGACUAGGCUUCGCAAUGAUCUUGCUUGCACUUGGCACAGGUGGUGUUAAGGCUACCGCCUCUCCAUUUAUUGGUGACCAGUAUGCUGAGACUGCUCCUCAGCUGAUCAUCACAAAAAGAGGCGAGCACGUUGUUACAGAUCGGGCACUCACACUACAGUACAUCUACAAUAUAUCCUACUGGCUUACAAACAUAGCGAGUUUAUCUUUGGUUGCAUCUACGUACUUAGAAAAGCUCGUCGGCUUUUGGGCCGCUUAUCUGUUACCACUAUGUACAGUCUGGACGCUGGUACCUUUGCUUUUGGUAUUCCAUAAAUCUUUCGUCAAACUUCGGCCACAAGCAAACGUACUACCGCAAGCCUCUCGAGUUAUCAUGUGCUCGGCACGACAUCGGUUUAAAUGGGAAGCUGCAACAGCCAUUUAUCAAUCAGAAAACUACGGGCGGCAGGUCGACUGGGAUGACAGGUUUGUCUUUGAGAUCAAAAGAGGUCUUCAAGCCUGUAAAGUCAUGGCAUGCUUUGUACCAUUUCAUCUGUGUAUGAACCAGAUUACAAACAAUCUUGUCUCUCAGGCCGGUCAGAUGAAACUUGGAGGUAUUCCGAACGAUACUAUUCAGGCCCUUAACUCUAUUGCCUGCGUGAUCUUGGGUCCGGUCAUGCAAAAGAUGGUUUAUCCUAUCGUUCGGAAAUUUGGCUUCCCAUUUGGACCAAUUGCUCGUAUCACCUGGGCUUUUAUCAUGAUGAGUACAUCAAUGGCGUUUGCCGCGGGAGUGCAGAAGCUCAUAUAUACCAAGGGACCUUGUUACGGUCACCCUUUGCAAUGUGAAAAUACACCGAACAAUGUCAGCGUUUGGGUACAGACACCGGUUUACUUUCUACUCGCGUUUGCUGAGAUUCUGGGAUUCACAACACUAUCCGAGUACAGCUAUUCCGAGGCUCCAAAGAACAUGCGCAGCCUUGUACAGGCAAUGGCCCAAUUGAGCUCUGGUGCUGGUUCUGCACUUGGUAUGGCCGUGUCGCCCUUAUCGAAGGAUCCGCAAAUACUUUACUUAUACGCGGGGCUGGCGGUGACUAUGAUCAUUGCGGCCCCUACAUUUUGGUUGACAUUCCGGGGGUAUGACGAAAUGGAGGCAUAUAAGGAAACACAGCACAGCGAUGCGGAGAAUAGCCCCGUUGAAGGUAUGAUGAUUCCUGCAAUACCUGAGGUUGUGAAUACGGGAGAAAUAGGAGAGGGCUGUGUAAAAAUAUCUAGUUAA